UGGAACACGAUUAUUGGUGGAGAAUACGUGACGUUUCUGUUUUGUAUACCACGUGGGCUAUACGCCAUUAUGAGCAGAGUAUCUGGCACUGGCGGUGGUGGAACAAUGGAUUGUGCGCGUUAGAUGUGCGAAAACCUGACAAUUUUUGUGAAAUUUGAAUUAGGAUGCGCGAAUAUAGCUCGGUGAUACCGAGGAGAUGUGUGUGUCUUUGGUUGAUAUUGUGAAACAGUGCUGUGACGGUUGUGGCGUAGACAACUUGUGAAGGGGUUUGUGUGCUGUGACAGGAAGGAUCGGUCAGAAAAGUGUUGUGGGUGCUAUCCCGCUUUAUUUUUACUGGAAGUAGAAAAUGUGGAGGUGAUGUUCUCAUGGCAUUGAGCCGCUGCUGACUUGUAGACAGCAGCCAUGUACCCAGCCCCUGCCAGGCACCCAUCAGCCGCGGGGCCACCGCCGCAACCUGGGCAGCUCAAGUUCACGGUGGCGGAAACCUGCGAGCGAAUCAAGGAAGAGUUCAACUUCCUGCAGGCGCAGUACCAUUCGCUGAAACUGGAGUGUGAGAAGCUUGCAAGCGAGAAGACUGAGAUGCAGCGUCACUACGUCAUGUAUUACGAGAUGUCAUACGGCCUCAACGUGGAGAUGCACAAACAGACGGAGAUCGCCAAAAGACUGAAUGCCAUAAUCGCUCAGGUGCUACCGUUCCUAGCCCAAGAGCAUCAGCAGCAGGUGGCCACGGCUGUAGAGAGAGCGAAGCAGGUCACCAUGACUGAACUGAACGCCAUCAUAGGGCAGCAGCAACAGCAGGGAUUGCAGCAACUCUUGCAGCAGAUCCAUGCCCAGCAGUUGCCACAUGCUGCACAUGGGCCAUCUUUACCCAUGGCUCCUCAUCCUGGCCUUCCUGGAAUGGGUCCAGGUGGUCUUCUAGCAUUUGGAGGUGGCCUGGGGGCUGGUGCAGUUCCUGGCGCAGCUUCUGCUCCGCUCGCAGCAGCGGCGGCAGCAGCAGCAGCAGCAGCCCAGCAGCAACACCCUCUCCUUAAACCUGCCGACCUACACAACCCUCGUGACCCCAGUGAUAUCAAAGGCCCCAGCUCCUUGCCAGAAGAGAGGCUGCGGAGUUCUGUGUCCCCUGCAGAAAGAGAAAAGUACCGUUCAAGGUCACCAGAUGUCGACCCCGACCUAAAACGGCGGAAAGAAGACAAACUAGGCGGUCAUGAAAGUGACGGGGAGAAAAGUGACCAGGACCUGGUUGUUGAUGUAGCCAAUGAGGACCCAUCAUCCCCACACCCUAAUGGUGAACAUCCUGGAGACAUUCGAGAGAAUGGGGAGAAAGGUGGAAUAGGCAGCAUCAAGUCAGAGCGCCCACCUAGCCGGAGUGGGUCCAGCUCCAGCCGCUCUACCCCCUCCCUGAAAAGUAAAGAUGCCGACAAGCCCUCCACGCCAGUGUCCAAGGUCACGACCCCAACCUGUUCCGGAGCGCCCACGCUGCCUGGCUCCAGUGGAGUGAAAUCUGCCGUGCCCGGAGUGGUGCUCCCCCCGGGGGCCUACCCCCCCUUCACCCUGGUGGCUGGGGGAGUUGGGGGCUCCCGAAGCAGUGACACUAGCCCUUACAACAGUGUGGCACCCUCCCCUUACUCCAGACCACCUAUGCUUGGCUACGAGUCUCACCCACAUGUCCGUACACCUGGCCUUGGCUCCAAUGGGCUUGGUGGAAUUCCUGGUGGAAAACCUGCCUAUUCAUUUCAUAUGAAUGGAGAAGGACAACUCCAACCAGUGCCAUUCCCAACCGAUGCCCUGAUUGGUCCUGGGAUCCCUCGUCAUGCACGGCAGAUCAACACUUUGAGUCAUGGCGAGGUUGUAUGUGCUGUUACCAUCAGCAACCCAACCAAAUAUGUGUACACAGGUGGAAAAGGCUGUGUCAAGGUCUGGGACAUCAGCCAGCCUAUCUCCAAGAGCCCCAUGUCCCAGCUUGACUGUCUGCAACGGGACAAUUACAUCCGCUCUGUGAAGCUACUGCCAGAUGGACGAACCCUAAUUGUAGGUGGUGAGGCAAGCAAUCUAAGUAUAUGGGACCUGGCAUCGCCUACACCUCGCAUCAAGGCUGAGCUCACAUCUAGUGCCCCUGCCUGCUAUGCUCUUGCCAUUAGCCCGGACUCCAAGGUUUGCUUCAGCUGCUGCUCAGAUGGCAACAUUGCAGUAUGGGACCUACACAACCAGACUCUAGUCCGUCAGUUCCAAGGACACACAGAUGGUGCAUCAUGUAUUGACAUCUCUGCUGAUGGAACAAAACUGUGGACUGGUGGGCUGGACAACACAGUGCGGUCAUGGGAUCUGAGAGAGGGACGGCAGCUGCAGCAACAUGACUUCUCAUCCCAGAUCUUUUCACUUGGCUACUGUCCAACUGGUGAAUGGCUGGCAGUAGGCAUGGAAAACUCAAAUGUUGAAGUCCUGCAUGCAGCCAAGCCUGAUAAAUACCAACUCCACCUCCAUGAGUCUUGUGUCCUCUCAUUACGUUUUGCAACUUGUGGCAAGUGGUUUGUUUCGACUGGCAAGGAUAAUCUGCUCAAUGCUUGGCGAACACCCUAUGGAGCCUCCAUUUUCCAGUCAAAGGAGUCUUCAUCAGUGUUGAGUUGUGACAUCUCAGCAGAUGACAAGUACAUCGUGACAGGCUCUGGUGAUAAGAAGGCAACCGUUUAUGAAGUUAUCUAUUGACAGCUCUGGUGAGCUGACCUUGGGUGAUGUGAGCCUGCAGAAUGCGUUUUCUUACACAGACUUUCACUUGACGUGAUUUGAAAUUUUGGUGACUAUGUAAAUGAGAGAUUACUAUAAUUUUUUUUUAUUUCAACGUGCAGGAUAUGCCACAGGGUAUGUGAGAUAGUGUGUUCUUGCAGUGUCAGGUUGGGGCCACUGGUAAAAGAGAUAUAUGCAUAAGAAAUUGAAAUGUUGUGAUAGGUGGACUUAACUUGAAGGAGAAGGAAAGAAACAACUUUUUAAAUUAAAUUCAUAUGAAAAUAGUUGGCAUUUUGAAGAGGAAAUAUAAUGCACUGCACUCUUCUGCUAUACAGUUUUUGAACUUCAUUCAGGAGUAAAUGUGGAAAAGAAGAGAUAUUGCAGUGUUUUCCUCUUCACGGAUAAUAUUAUAGUAAGAAUGAUUAAAAGUGUAUAUGUGUGUGUACUGUUGAAUGAAUGUGUCAGUUUCACAUUGAAGGAGAUGAUGAAGAAAGUGUGCUGCAUAACACAAUUUUUCUCCAGUUGAAGAUAAUAUAAAGGGAGGAGCUGUUAGACCUUGUCACAAAUCACAGUGGAAGAGAACUGAAAUAAAUUAAGGUGACAAGUCCACUUCAUUGAUACUUUGCUAAUCAUUCUGGAUGGAGUAAAGGGUAAGCCUAAAAGUAGAUGAUGAUUGUUUUUCUCUACAUCAUCAGUAAAUAAUGGUAUUUUUCCUACAGAACUGAGAUGAAGACGCAUGUGUUAUCAGUAAGUGUGUAUGGUUAUAGAAGAGAUAUGAUGCUGUACUCCUUGUGUAAAAUAGGCCAUUUGUUACCUCAACACAUUCCUCUCCUCUUGUAACUUCCAACAGAAGAUGACUUUAGUAAAAGCAGGUAGAGAGCUCUGUGUGUUCAUUUUAAGUUAGAAGCCAGAGAAUAAUAUGAAGGAUGAGUCAUUCUGUGUGUGUUUUGUUAAAUGCCUGACAUACCUGUUUUCUUUGGUACAUGAAUAAAGAAGAAAUUGAAAUUACUAACAAUUACUAAAUUUAACAAAUCUCUGUGCAGAAGAUGUCCUUUUGACUUUGAGAAUAAUUUAUUUAUGCCUAGAACUGUUCGAUAUGCAGCUCAAUAUGUGAAUCACAGCCAUCCGAGACCAAUUGUAGUCAGCACUGAAAAUUGGCAGUUACUCUGCUUGGAGUGUCUGCAGUGAUUCUGAUGUCAGUUGAACUUUUUCCUUGCAUGUCAUCAGCAGUCUGAGUGUCAUUCCAGUACACACAAUCUUUGAGAUACCCCCUUUAAAAUUUGUCAAACACAUUAAUAUUGGAAGAAUGAGGUUGAAAUGACCGUCCAUAGCCAAUAUGUAAAUUUGGAGUAACAAAACUCUGAGUUCUCAUUAAGGUUAUCCAUAGUUUCAUUUGCUGUAUGCAGUCAAGUCCAACCCUUUUGGAGGAAUGUUUCCUGGAACUGAACUCUCAUGCCUUAGAAAAAUGGGAGGAAGUUUUCUUCAAGGACAUUGUGAUAAUGUUCAUAUGUCAUUAUGUUGAUGAGGAAAAUUGGACUGAAAUGGCUGAAACGGAACACCAUACUGUGCAUUUCUUCUGGUGUAGUGGCACCUUCAUUAAUGUGUUUUAAUGUUUUUACUAUAAACACAGGUUGUUGUAGCAUACACACCAUGUUAUUAAAAAGUGAUUCAUGAAGCUACCGCUGGUAGUGAAGCAUUCUACCAAGCGAGUGGUGCAAAUUAUCAACAAAAUUAUUACUUUUCAUCAAGCAUUCGGUUAAUAGAUGCAAUUUAUACAUAAAUGUCUUUUUAUUGAUGCUGUAUAUGUAUAAUAAAUGAGUGUAUCCUAUUUUGAAGCUUAGAUAUGUACAGUACUAGUACUUCUUAACAUUUUGAAAUAUAAGACAGUUUGUUAAAUACAAUUGGAAGAAUUACACAAAUUUUAGUAUUCAGUUAUAAAAUCAUGUAACUUCAUUAAGCCUCAUGGCCUGUUCACUCGUACUGUGUGAAUGGUUUGGUGGUACCACUUACACCUGAGCAAUAUAAGAAAACAUUUUGUGAGUAUGCACAUAAUUUUUAUCUAUUUCCCUUGCUAAUCAUAUACAUACAUAUGCAUACAGAAACAGACUGUAAAAAAUUGAAUCCAGUUGACAUGUAAUAAAGUAGUUCAAUGAAUAAGAUAAGUAUAAAAUUUGCCGUCAAGCAUAUUCAGUUUUUAAUGACAGCCCAGCAUGUUUCGGCCUUAAUUGGUCAUCUUCAAGGACAACUAAUACUAAAGGACACUACGUAAUUUUACGUACAAUAGUUUAAAAUCCUUUAGUCAUUUAAAUUAAAUGUGAUUAUAUUUCCUUAAAACAUUUAAAAUUAAUAAUAUGCUGAAGUGAAUGAUGAAUGCUUUUUAUGUUUUCUUGAUAAUGUAAUGCUGAAGGUUGUGUCAUGUAUGAUAGUCUCAUAAUCAUCUUUAAAAUUUCUCUGUUUGGUGGUGUCUUUGGCCAUCUUUAUAGUGGGUUAUAUAAGUGAAAGUAUUCCACUGAUACACCAAAUACUGAAAACUGAAAUAAUAGAAAUGUGUUGAAGAAAUGCUAAAAAAGUAAAAAUAGAAAUAGAAGUCAAAGUACUAGAACACGUAUAUAAUUUAAUUACUUAGAAAUCAUAAUGUUAGAGGCAAAGAAAGUUACAUGUAAUUACAGAAAUACAGCGUGCUCCUGUGUUAUAUAAGAGAAAUGGGUUUGAAAAUUGGGCUCUCUCAUAAAAUUAAAAUUUUCCAUUGACUUCCAUGUAGUAAGCUGAGAGGAAUGGUAAAGGAUAGUUAUUCAUACACAGUUAUAGCUAAAACACAUUGUCACCCAUCAACAAAUGAACUUGAUGACUUCUUUCCGGAUAUAUUAAGGAAGGUUAAUACAUUUCACAGUCUAAAAUAAGAUGGAAAUAGCAACCAUGAUACCAGCCAUUUUGUUACAUCACUCCUUUGUGCGUAUAUAUGGUGUAACUUUCUUAGUAAAUAAUAAUCUGUUAAAAAUUGUUUUGGCUGAAUUUGUAACUGUUUUCUGUUGUUUUGUUUAUAAAAAACAAGAUUUCCAUAGGAGUGAAUUUGUGGUCUGUAUUGUGAAUUUUAUGAUCUUGUUAUGUAAUUUCUGUAAGGGAAGAAUUCUCUUGCCCCAACAUCUGUAAUGUAAGGUGCAUUGUACAAUAAAAUAAAUUAUCUAAUGAAAAGAAAUCUUAGCACAUAAAUAUCAGUUGAUACAUAAUUAAACUCGCAGAUCAUAUCAAGGGUAAUACAUAAUUAUGGUAGUGAAAUUUGGAUUUUGAGCCAAGAGCAAUCCCAGAAAUUGGAGUUGGCUACAUGUGUAUUCUUGAGACUAUUGUUGUGCUUUACUGUAUUAAUAAGAUUACACCAGAAAAACAUUCAGACUUCAGAAAAUGAUUGAACAUUACAGAUGUAGUUCAAGAAGUACUAGGAUACCAGCAAAACUGGAAAAAUUGUUUGGAUGAUGACAAUGAUGUACAUGCUUGCUGGGUGUUAAAUAUCAAGCACUAAUGACAUGGUAGGGAAGAUUGCAUUUGAACACACAGAGCUUAUCUCCUGUACUUAAUCCUCAUUACUCAUACAUGUAUAGAUCUGAGGUUUCUAGUCAGCACCAGUAUAUUAAAUAUUAUCUUCAUGCCAUGAAGUUGAAGAUUGGUUAUUACACUACUGUGAGAUACUCAUGUUCAUAAUGUGUAUGGUGGUGUGUCUUAUUAUAUCAUACAUUUAAAGGAUUAUGUUUAAUAUUACUGUUGAAACAUCACUACCACUACUUAUUUUUCUUCUUCUUCUUGCCCCCCUCCCAACAAGAGGACAAUCUCUGCAAUAAUUCAUUCGAUCUUGAAGUCAUUCCCUUUUACAGAUAAUUUGGGCUCUCAUGGGAAUCUAUUAACAUUUAAAUUUAUGUCUUCUUAACACAUUUUUGCAGUAAGAGGUACAGUUUUAUUUAUUUCAUUAUCCCAGUGUAACAACUAACUGUAAUUAUAUGAAGUGCAGAAUUUUAAACAUCCAGUGAUGCAGUGCAGAAUAUUAGUAUGUAAUUUAAUGAUCAAAAAUGUUUGGACUUUAUGAAGUUCUCGUGUCAAAGAUCUCCUGACCCAAUUUUAAGCAUUUCAAAAUGAGGAUUUCUUUCAACUUUACUGCGUUAUAGUAGUUGUAAUUGAGCCGUUUAUUUUACAACUAGAAUAAAGUCAGUAAAAUAUGAAAGAAAUCUGUUAAUAUUAAUCUGCCAUAUGCUUAUGAUAUUUGUUAUAUUUAAUUUCAUGCUCUUUAAUGUUUCCAGAUUUCAUGUGAGAACAGUUAUUUCUUGGUUAUAAAUAACAGGUUACAGGAAUUCUGUUGCGAGAAGACACUGUCAAAGUAGAAAGAAAGAGAACUUAACGGAAUGAAGACCUAAGACGUCAAUGAUUUGAAGAGGUUAGGUGAGAGGAAUUGACUUAAGCAGCUAAGUGACAGAAAUACACAUAUAAAGGUCAUUAUUUGCCUAAAGAUAAUGGCCAAGAGAGGAAGGCUUUUCUUGUAUAUUUAAAAUUUCUCUGCCUGUUUUGACAUUUGUAUCAGAGAGUUCUGUCUUGUGGGGUAUAAGGUUUUAUAGUAUGGUGAAAGUCAGUUUAUGUUCACUGGACUACAUGGUGUUAUAUCACAGAAGAUAGAAUUCUUCAUAGCCACCACUGUGAGAACAUCAGGAUCAAGAUAUUUAUACCACAAUUAUUCCUUUUGGCAGAAUAUAUUGACAGUCCAAUGAUAGCUAAUAUUUAAUUGUAAUUCUAUAUUUUCUGAAUUACUGUGUAACUGCUUGUAAGAAAGUUUGCCACAUCACAUUUGCUUUCCAUUUCAUAUCAAGUUAAAACCUAUGAAUCAGAGGAAGUGGGAUAUAAUUUAUAAACUUGCAGAGAUUUUACAGCAUUGAAUGUCAUUAAUUAUACAGUAUUAAUAUUAAGAGUUAUAAUUUAUGUUAAUAUUUGUAAUAUUCCUUUGUGAUGUUUCGUUAAACUCCCAGUAUCAUAACCCAAGAUUCCUCAGUUGAAUUCUCUAUGAUUAUUGCCUUGUGUAUUUGCAAAAGCCUGCUGGACACAUGGACAAUUAACAUUCUAAUGCAUGAAAGAAAUCGAACUGAAGCUGCCAAAGGCAUUGUUUUUCACUGUUUCUUAUAUUUACAGGGUCUUUGAUUUGCUGUGGCAAUAAAUGAAUCCAAAUUAGAUUUCACACUGAACAUAGUACUGAUUGUGAUCAGUGUAAAAUUGUUUAGGCACAAAUUAUAUGGAUUUUUAAAUUAUUUGGCAUAAAUUUUAUGCUUUGUUUUUGGCUUCCUGCUCCAAGAAAAGAAUAUGUAUCUCUUUGUCAACAGUAAGUUCCUCAUGGUAAGCCUACAGUUUGGAUAACACCUGCUUAUGGAAUUUGUGUGUCAGUAAAAAUACUGACUUAGGAUCAGGAUUUAAAUGUUCUUCUGUUACAAGUUCUUGUCUUUAAAAUUUAGACCCUGUGUCCACUAGGUGAGUAGAGUCCAGAUUGGAGGGCUGGUGUUGUUAUGUAAUGAAAUGGUUUUCUAGGUUGCACUCCAAAGAUUUGGUCAACAAACUGUGAAGAAUGUUGCACAAUUAUGUGUUUUUUCUUUGAUGUCAGAUGUGUUAUGUACAUUUUACAUAUAACAUUAUUAAAUUAAAUAUUUCUCUUAUAUUAUGAUGCAAGUGUAGAAUUUGUUCUGAGUGUGUAAAUUGGUGUAUUGUAAAUCUCAGAUCUGCACAUGAAAUUUCCCUUCCUUCCUUCUAGCUUUUCUCUGACAAUGAUUGUAUUCUUUCAGGUGACUGAUAUGUUGAAGUAGAUGCCAGUGUACAUUUUAGAUGGUUACUCACCAUUUUCUCAGGCAAUAGACACGUUACAUACAACGCAACAGUUCACACAGAUGUAACAGGCACAAGGUUUUCAAUUAUUCAGGGAUUUAUUUUUCUGGUAUAUAGCAACAGUACAUAAACACUCAAUAAAACAGCCCACAAUAACAAUAGCAGGACAACACAACACCGGUAAUUACCUCUUUUAUAUUUCAAUUUUGGAAUACAAUAAAAUGAGGAUAAAUAUUAUAUGAACGAUAUUUGCUGUGUAAAAUACAGGCUUUGAACUUAUAGAAGGUACCUUACAUAUUUUUCAGUGGUAAGCAUAUUGUUUUGGAAGGUUCUGUCUUUCUUGUGUGUUCCUGUUUGUUUCAAGAUAGUUUUUGAGAGUGUAUUUGUUGCUGUUAGAAUUAAUAAUGUGAGAAGGGAGAGAAAACCUAGCACACAGUUGUAUUGUUCCAUACAGCACCUAGAUUUUUAUUUUGCUUUUGUUGUCCUAAUGUAUUGGUGCAGCACACUUUGUGUCAAAAACAACAAUUAAGAUGGAUAAUUAGUACAUAUAAAUUCAUGAGGAAGAAGAUUAUAGCACUUAUGUUCUGUUCUUGUUUUGUUGGUUAUUCAAAGUGACAGUGAAUCUCAUAGAAAGAAAUCACACCUCUCUAAGAAAACUGGCAGAUGGUUUUAACUCAGGGUUCUACAUGACUUACUAUACAUACAUCCUUUGUUUAUCACUAUGCAAAAACAUCAGGACAUAUUCCCUAAAGUUGUCCGCGUAUAAUUUAUGUUGAACUGAAAUUAUGUUUCAUUGUCAUAUUAACUUCCUGAAUGAAAAAUUGAAGAAAUGUUUCCUUCUGUCAUUUUCUUGUGUGUUUAUUUAUAUGGCAUAGAGUAGAUCUAUUUUGAAUUGCCCACCCUCCAAAAUGAUUGGACAUGCACAGGUGGGGUAGGGCUGUUGCUUAGUUUUGGGUAACAGGAUUUGGUCCUACUUGUGUUGCAUCCAAAAUACAUUGCCUGAACCCAGGUCAUUUGUACAGAACUGUACUGACCACAGUAAAAGAUAUCUCACUCUGUUUAAAGGUUUGUUAUUUAAAAUGAACUGGAUAGGAUAUAGGCCAAAUUGCAGUAAAGCUUUGAAGGUGUUUUCACUGUUGUUAGCAGGUGUGUUGGUUGAUGCAGUUUUGUAAUGUGACCUGGAUAUACAGGCUAUAGUGUGUUUAGUGAUGGGUAUAGUAUGCUGAGAGUUGGAAGCACAUGGCGUCUGAAAAUGAUCUUUGUAUUAUGAAACUUAAGAGCUUCACAGUUGUAUAAGUAAUUGGCUUGCUGUUUUCUUGAGAAUAAGAUAAAUUUUUUUAGUUUCAUUUUAUCUUGUUCAUCACUUUAUUAUAAUGUUCGUGUUGGUGUGAUGCUGUCCCCAUUGUUUUAUAUAGAGAUAGUGUCCAAUCAGCAGACAGUGCAUGUAGUAAUGUAAGGGCAGCAAAAUCAGUAGUGUUUUUGUUCAUAUUCUGUACACUCUCAACAUCACAAAGCACUUGGCACUGUAUGUACAAUUUCUAUCUUUAGCAUAAGCCUUGGGAAUUGUUUCUUGGCUUCUGGUAACUGGUCAUUCUUUGGAUAAGCUAAUACUAUCAGAUUCUGAAUGUGGUUGUGCUGAGUUUGUUGAAGUUGACCUACCUUACACAUGUCUUAACUGGGUUCAUGUUGAUAGGUUCAACUCAUGAUGGUGUUCAAUGGCAGCCUUUGCUCAUAGAUGCGGUAAGCUUUGCAGCAUACCUAUGGAUUUUGACUGUCAGUAAUAUAUGAAGUUGGUGGUAUCCAUAGUCAGAUGUGGGGAUCAGUAUCUGGAUUCAGAUGUGGUCUUGUUUACUGAGUUUGGAUGGCGGCAAAGUUGGGACCUUAUAUUAAUAUUGGGAGGUGAAGGUCUGUCCUCAUCGUGAUGAAUAAGAGCACUUUACUGAAAUGUGGUCUCACCACUUCAGUGUUCCCAACUCCCACAGAUUUUACACUUAGUGAUUUCCUUCUGUUAGGUUUAAAGUGGGGAAAUGAGUGUUGCAGUGCCACAUCUGUAAGUAUCUGAGCUUGGUGGAUGAAUGUGUGCGAGCAUUUAGAGUCUUUGUAUGACUGGAAUCUGCCAUAUGUUUGAAGGCUCCAACAUUUUGCUUGCAUUAACAUAUCAAAUUCCUUAGAGGGGUCUGGUCACACUCUGGUUGGAUAUUAAUUUCUGGGUGUAUAUACCAAGGCACUCUCCCUUGUUGGAGGAUAUGACUCUUUUUAAGCAGUAGCAGGAUACCUUGCUGUUGUAUCAUACAGAUAUUCUGCUUCUGAACUCUGUUGUACCAUUGCUUUAGAAAAUACUCAGAAAUAGCUGGCAGGUCUCUUUGAAUUGCAUUACAUAUGGCCCUUUGUAUGAUUACUUUUGUCAUCCAUAAGACUAGGUAUGCAUUGUUGUUAAGAUUGUAGCUCUCUGCAUUGUAAUUGGAUGCUGAAUUUCCGGAGGGAAUUGCAUGAAAUAGAAAUCAUGCCUGCUCAUGGAAUCUUAGAAUGGCAUCUUAAGCUUGACUGUGGUUAAUUGAGCAUUUGAGUUUGUUAAGCUAAACUACCCAGGUAAUUGACAGCUGAGGUUAUUCACCCAUGCAUGGAAAAAGAUACUGAACAUGAUAAGCCCAGUUUAGCCACAUUGGACAGUAACAUUAUGCAAAGAGAAAUUGAGUCCCUUAAACAAAAACAGCAUGUUCUGAAUUGUCACAUAUUUUAUUUCUCUCUGCUGCAAUCCCUAGUAUUUUUGUACAUAUAUCUUUCUAAUGAUAAAUGCAGAGAAAUGCAACUGCAGAAAAUACUGAACUAUAUCAGGUAGAAUACAGCACUAUUAAAAAUGCAUAAGAUAACCAUGAUAGAACAGAAUAAAAUCUUACUGUAGAGAAAACUGCAAGACAUACAAAUUAAAUACAAAGCUCUUAAGUUUAAAAAAAAUGUGUUUUUUUUUUCAGGCACUGUGUGUCACAUGGGUGAGCAGAGUGGUUCAUGUCAGAUUAGCUGGUCAUUUAUCUUGCACAUGAGUUUAGUCUUGUAUAAAGUAAUUUUCAUUUAUCCUUUCAUUAAACUGUAUUUGUAAGUACUUUAUCAACUGCAGGCAGUUAGUUGGGUAGCUGUAUUUGUUUAGUAAAAUAUUGCACCAUAAUUUUGUCUUCUGAAUUAAUGAAGAUGAUAUUGUAGAAUAAGAGUACAAAUUACACAUGGUUUGUUUGGCAGUGUGCUGUCAGCAUGCCAGUUAUGAUCAGUAUGGAAAGGAAAGUGAAUUUUGUUUGUGUAUGAUGUGCAGUAGAACUCUUCAAGGUUGUAAUACUUUUUGGUUGUGAACUCAUGAUACUGCAUACUAUAAAGGAUAUGUUCUCAAACUUUUUAAGAUGGUAUUUGAUAAAAUUUAACUCAAUACGUAGCCAAUUUCAGCACAUGAAACCAACCCCUUGUAUCCUCCUGGUAUAUAUGAAGUCUUUAUUGGCAUUGCCACAUACACCAUUAUGGUAUGGCUCUUUGUCUCAGUGCAUAUUAUAAUUGGGUGGCUUUGAUAUGCCAUACAUAUUAUGGAAUUCCUGGGUCUGUUGGUACAUAAAUGCUGAAUAGCCUUCUUAACAUCUGAUCGUACAUUUUCUUGAACAUUGUAUUAUGUAAGCUUAUGUUACCUUGCUUUUAAGUUAAAAUAUUUGUUACUUUCAUUCAAAUCACAAAAAUACAGAUUCAGUUAGAAUGUUUCAUUUCAUUAUUAUCAAUAUUUUUAAAGAAUGAUUAACAUUAAAUAGGAUGAAUGUCUGAAGGGUGUUGGCAGAGAAAUGUUAUAUAGCAUUACUUGUAAACAGUGUUUGUUCAGUGAGCAGUUUUUUUACCAUUUCAUUUGAUAAUCAUGUAGAGCAGGAUGUGUUGGAGUUUAAUGGAUCCAGUUUUUUCAUUACAGCAUGUCACUGUUGAGAGUUCAAAAGUUUACAAGCUUGGAAAGUUCUACCUGAAAUUGAUACAUUCAGUCCACUAAAACGUAUGUAGAUUUGUGCAUCAUCUUUGUCAUGUUCAUGACAACUGAACCACCCUGUGCACUUGAUGAUUCUGUUAUGUUAGCUGCUGGGUGCAAAGUAUCGUGACACCUCGAGCUUUAUGUUACCAGGGUAACUGAACAUUAUGUUUAACUUAAAUAUGAAAAGAUAAUUGUUGUUAAUGACUUUAAAAUUGUUGGUAAGUUACAUAUGAAAUGGAGUUAAGAAUGUUUUCUAUAUUAAUAAUAUUAAGUGGAAGAAUAUGAUGCUGUUUAGAAUUUUCUUUUAAUGUCAAAUUCUGGAAAUUACUAUGUUUUUUAAACAAGUGCAAUGACAAGGAAGAAAUGGAGGUAUGUUGAUAGGAUUAUUUCAUAGAAUUGGUUCAAGUAGAUGCAAGCUCUAUGAAGUGUGUAUUAUUUCUCAGUUUAUAAAAAGUUUAUUUAAAAUGAAUUGGUGUUUGGAUGUUGAUUUCCAAAUUAAUUAUUAGUGACCACUUUGAGGCUGCCCUCAAAGCAGUUUGUUUUCAACAUUUCUCAAUAUGGUACCUCACGAUUUUAUAUAAUAAAGUGACUGGAGAUACUUAAA